AUCCAAAAUCCAACCAAUCCAAAGAUAAGUUAACAUUCAUAUUACAAGGCCAGUUAUGUCAUCGUUCCAUCGAUUAAAUUCGCAUUGCGGCCACACAAGCAUAUUUGUGUGUUGUGUAUAUAUAUAGAUAUCACACAUAUUAAUGUAUCCGCCGCCGUGUAAAAGGUUGACGACUUUUAGAAAAUUUUAAACCAGUACGAAAUCUCGAUAAAUAAAUCAAACGUUGAAAUGUUGCAAGAGAAAAACAAAUUUUAUCCCCGCGGCUGUCUCGUACAGUUACGCGGGAAAUCUCCCCCGCGGACUUUCUAUUGACUGUACUACAAAAACACCCGUAAAGCUUUCCCUCUCUUUCACACACACUUUUUUCUCGUUCUUGCUCUCUCUUUCUCGAUCGACAAAAAUCUCUACCAAUACACACGUAAGCACUAAGCAGAAGCGGUGGCUCCGAGGAUUUUCAGUUCGCGCACGUCCUUUGCACGGGGUGUAUUACUCGCAUCAUUUACUUUACACUCUUCAAAAAAUCAUCUUGAUACAUCAAUAGCUGAUAAUCGUUUUUUCGAAUAUCAAGCCGAUUUGAAAAAUCAUUGAUAAAGAGCAUUAUCUGAAUCUCGUGUAAUCGCAUAAUCUAUAUAAAAAUGCCCUAUCGCGGAAGAUUUCGUAUUUUUGCCAAGGCGUGCCUCGUAUCAUCACGAGUGAAUAGUAGAAGUGAUACGAAUUCGUUAAUAAUCGCCGGUCUCGCGACACGUAUCGCAGUCAGAAAUUUUUCAUCUACCAAGGCAUUGAACAUGAGGUUUGUGCAAUUUGUCAACAAAAAUGGAGGACCCCAACAUCUCGGUGUUCAGUUACAACCAGGUGGUGAUAUUAUUGACGUCUCUGCUGUAAAUUCAAGAAUUCCUAACAAUUUAAAAAAGUUUCUCGAAGGCGGAGAUGAACUUCUGAAUAAAGCCAAAAGGAAGGAAAACGACAAUUUUAAGGCACUGGUUGAGAGAAUCAUAGCGGAGGGACGAAGCAGUAUAGCAGAAUCAGAAGUCCAUUUCCUCGCACCCAUAGAUCGAAUGGACAAAUUGGCCUGUGUUGGGCUCAAUUACAGCGGACACUGUACAGAGCAAGGCAUCAAACCACCCGACAGCCCUGUUAUAUUCAGCAAAUUUCCAAGCAAUAUUAUUGGGCCUACGGAUAACCUUGUGCUGCCAUCAAUAUCCGAUAAAGUCGACUGGGAGGCCGAGCUCGCCAUAGUUAUCGGCAAAAAGUGCAAAGGUCUCAACAAUCACGAAGCCGAAGAUUGCAUAUUCGGUUACACAGUUGCUCAGGACAUAUCAGCUCGCGACUGGCAGAAAGGCAAAAGGAACGGUGGUCAAUUUCUUCUGGGCAAGGCGAUGGACACGUUUUGUCCUCUUGGACCAGCUGUUGUUACUAAAGAGUCGAUCGGGGAUGUUAAUAAUCUGAGUGUCAAAACGUGGGUAAAUGGCGAAAUCAAACAGGAUGGUAAUACGAACGAAAUGAUUUUCAAACCUCACGAUAUCGUGGCCUAUAUAUCACAAUUCAUGACAUUAUUGCCCGGUGACGUAAUUCUUACGGGUACUCCAGGCGGAGUUGGAUUUGCACGCAAUCCUCCAGAGUAUCUUAAGAAAGGGGAUGUUCUCGAGACGGAGAUUAGCAGCCUCGGUCGUCUCAAAAACAACGUCGUCUGAUUGCAGAAUUUUUUUAUUGCACAAUAUCUGUCUUGAAAAUCGUCUUCUUCUGUGAUAAGUUGACGUACAAAGCCGAAAAUCGUAAACGACGUUUUCUUCGGAAUCAAAGAACUACCUGGUGAAAAACUUAAUAGUUUGGUAAAAUGUUUUUUUUUUUCUACACAAAACCAAAAGCAAACAGUUUUUCGUAAAACCGCGAAGAGCAGCGGUUGAAAUUUUCACAUUCUCGGAGUCUUUUCGUUCCCUGAAUUCCUCCAGUGGAACUCAUUGUUUCGAAAAAAGUUGCAGCCUUUUUCAACUUCGUUCUAUAAUUCAGGCCACGAAAAUACAUCGAAAUAUUUUUGAAAAUAUUGCACAGUUUUAUCGAAUUUUACCAAUCACAAUCCAAAGUACUUAUGACGAUGUUAUCACCAAAGUCAAGCCUCCAAAAAAUGAUGGCUAUUAUGAUGCUGAUUGUCAUGCUCCCAAGUGUCUGCAAUGACGCUACUAUCAAGCCAGAUUCGAGAGACUCUCGAAAUAGGACAUUAAGCAUGAUAAAACGAGUAUCAUUGCUCGAAUUGCACUGUCGGUUAUCUAAAUUUUUUUUAUUCAUUUCUCGAAUCACUGUAUACUUUCAAUACUGUUUUUGGAAACCACAUUGAAUACUGCAGCCUUGGAAAUAAUGGCUCCUCUGUUACUUUCGUUGUACAAUUUUAUUAAGCAUUUGUACGAAUUUAAUACAAACUUUAUUCUGAAAUAUAA